UUCUUUUGUCCCAAGUUCCCACGGUGUAGUGACAGAGAUAAGAGGUACCUCGCCUAUCCGUUUCAUCUGGAACUCGAACCAGAGGUAAGUUCCCCGGUAUAUGGCUUGAUAAGCAUUCCAUAUUUGGGUGCUCUUGAAAUUUCUCUUCCCUUUCUUCAUUCCUCAUAAAAAAUAAAUUAAAAAAAAAAAAAAAACACAACAAGAAGAGAGAGGAAAACCACCACCACCACCAACGCGUGUUCUGGUGCAAGACCGCUUAUCAUUCCAUUGUUUAUCUCCCAACCCGAUUGCGGAAGUCGGAUAUUCCGGAGAGUCAUGGCUGUGCUAACAUUUGCACGUUUCUUCAGUCGGCCAUAUCUGCAUAACCGUGACGGCCCUACAAUAUUCUCCUUCCAGCAGAAGCUCGUCAUGGAGGAGGGCGGCUCCUAUCAACGAAGAAAAUCGGACGCGAAAAAGGGCGGUGACUCCCCUGCACUUCAACCCUCCACAGUGGACGAUAUUGUCGACUCAGACUCAGAGAACUUCCACUCGCAUCCUGGAACUCCGACGAGAUCUUCGCGCAAUUCCUUUUCAUACCAGGAUGACUGGGAAUCAUUUCCACCGCUCGACCAGCUCUCAGUUUUUGACCUUUUCGAUAACUUUUCCUUGUCGCGGAGACUAGAAAAGCUCCAGCAGUCAAUCAACUCACAGAGAGACAAGGUGAAGAGACAACAGGAGAGGUUGAAAUCCACUUCGAAACAUGCAAGGGAACGCGUCGUGGGAGAGUGGAAACGACGAGUGCCCACUGCUGAAGAGCAGCUGGAAAAAUACCGUCAUCGGAUGAAGCUCGGAGUGGAACGCUUGGGGACACGAUGGAACGCAGCCUCUGCGGUUACUCUCCGGGAGAAGAUUUCAUUUAUCGCUGGUGUUCUGAAUAUCUUCAUCAGCGGUUAUUUACUGGGGGCGUGCCCCGAGUACUUUUAUAUCUGGUUCAGCGGGCAGCUCGCAUACUUCAUGCCGAUCCGGUUCUACAGGUACCAUAAGAUUGGCUACCAGUACUUCCUGGCUGAUCUCUGUUAUUUUGUCAACAUGCUCUGUAUGCUUUGCAUUUGGGUCUUCCCACACUCUAGGAGGCUUUUUAUCAGCACAUUUUGUCUGGUAUUUGGAAACAAUGCUGUCGCUAUUGCCAUGUGGCGUAACUCCAUGGUUUUCCACAGCAUGGACAAAGUCGUCAGCCUUUUCAUCCACAUCAUGCCUCCGGUUACAUUCCAUUGUCUUGUUCAUUUGACUCCCAUGGAAACAAUGAAGGAGCGGUUUCCGGCCAUCUAUCAGAUCAAGACCAGCGAAUCAGGAUCCCCAGACCACUUUUCGCUUCUCUCGAUGAUGCUGUGGGCAACUGUUCCGUACAUGAUCUGGCAACUUUCCUACCACUGCUUUAUCACCGUCCGUCGCGCAGACAAAAUAGCAGCAGGACGUCCGACUAGUUUUACCUGGCUCCGCAGAUCUUAUGCAAAGACUUGGAUAGGUCGGUUUGUUCUGAGUCUCCCUGAAUCCCUACAAGCCCCGGCAUUUAUGAUGAUUCAAUAUAUCUACGCUCUUUUGACGAUAAUUCCUUGCCCUCUUUGGUUAUGGUCUCGAUGGGCUAGUGGUUUAUUCUUAACGGGGCUCUUCAUCUUGAGCAUUCACAACGGCGCGACCUAUUACAUUGAUGUGUUCGGCAAACGCUUCCAGAAGGAACUAGAGGAGUUGAAGAAAGACGUCGCACGUUGGCAGUCUUCUCCCGAGGGAGCAAUGAGCCCCACUAUCCCUGGACUAGGGACCACCCCUGCUAAUGUUGGGGAGAGGGAGUCGGGUAGCUCGACUGCCUCCGCGGCUGGUAGCCCUGACAAGACCGGCAUUGAAAAUAUCCCACUCCUUGACGCUACCGGUGUUGCAACCGCAGUUGAGGGUGACUCGAGUGAUAGGCCGGCUUUGCGAAACCGCAGCUAAUCCCAUUAUUUUUUUACUUCUUAUAUUUUGGAGUUCACCUUGAAUUUAUGUGUUGGAAUGCCCCUUUAAUGAUACCCAGUCGUUCUUUUGCCUAUACACUUGGUCUUAUAUAGCUCUGUUUCAUGCCGAUAACAUCCCUUGGACGUGCUUGACGGCUGAUACUUAUUGUCGUGUUUCUGGUCUUGGCUUUCGUUGCUGCAAUGCUGCAUAUUUGGUUUGAGAAACGAAUUUGAUGAUAAUCUUACCAACGAAUCCUCACAACCAAUCCGUCAGCUCCCUAGUCACUUAGAAACCGUCGCCACAAUGUAGUUAGAAUCUUGGUUAUGAGUCACAAAAUUUUGGAAUUAAAUCCACUAUAGA